CACUGAUUGUUCACUGCUGGCCAGCCCAACAGAAGGAGAAAAAACGCACACGGACACAGACAAGACAAAAGCUGGUGCGUAAGGAGGCUCGUCGCAGGUGUUCGCGGCCGUGUUCCAUCAACUCUGUCUGAAAUAUAUCCUUUUUCCGUGAAAUUCAUCACCUAUAGCAACAGGACAGCAGUGGUACGCGUGCCCUCUUUUACAGUGUACCGCAGAGUUAACCCGUGCGUCGAACAAGCAGUGUGGCACGUCCGUGUAUCUGUGUGCGUGUGUGCGUGUUUAUUUGUGUACACCGGGAUUUUCCCUUAUUGUUUCGCUGCGGAAGUAAAUAGAGUGAAGCAAUAAUCAGAAACCGUCACUGUCCCGCAAAUCUGUGACGCGUCCCGCACUGUUGAAUUACGGUUGAAGAAGGUCAUCUUUCAUCAACGGGGAAAGCAACCGACGGGACAACGGAGAAAGAAGUAAAAACGUCAACUGCGGCGAUCUCGCUGCUUACACUGUGUGCGUGUAUGUGUGCUUAUGUGUACGCGUUGGACAUGGAGUGAGUGAGUAUGCGGGUAUCCAUUUUUGCUGCGAUCUCGAAAUAACAAUUCGGUCCGGUGUAAAAAGGACCUGUCGGAUACGAUACGGUUUUGUAUCCGAAGCGUACCGGUCAGUUUCAUUCCCCGGUCACAUAUACGCACCGGAAAUAGGAAGUGUCAAUCUUUCUGCACCAUUCUCGAAGGCUGGCCACCCGUACGGCUGCAAACAGACUCAUCAAUCCCAGCAAGGCGUUUGCCGUGGUGGCCCGUUUUUUUAGUCAACAGGAACCACCACAUCAUCGUUUCCACACAUCAGCCCAAACUGCACCUUAUGUCAUGAUCGGAUGCUCGUCACUAGUUGGCUGAUAUCGAGGUGUGCUGACGGGGUGCAUCCAGGGAAAGAUUAUCGAUAAAGUAAUUCGCCAAACACCGCCGUGUCGGUAAAGAUUUGGUGUACAGGUACGGAACAUACGGGGGACCGCGAAUGUGGCCCACAGUGUGCGGUGGUUGUUAAAGCGGAAAGAGAUUGCCGUACGCGCGUGUUUGUGUGUUUGUGCCUAGUGGGGGCAUUGUGUGUGCGAGCCGUGGUUGACGACGUCUAAUACGCGAUAUGUUGGUGCUUUAAAGAGAGCGAGAGGAAGGGCCUAUCUCAUUAUACCAUACCUUCAAAUGGUUUUUCCAGCGAGAUCCGUUCACGGAUCCCAACGUUUGGCUAUGGCGGUCUGCAAGAAGUGCUAGAGUUGCAUGUGUGAGUUUCCAAUUGAAGAAGUGAAAAGUGAAAACAUCAAACACCCCUUUACCGAAGACGGGGCGGCAACAUAGUACAACACAUUCAGUUCCAUCAUUCCUGUCUCUCUCUCUUUCUUCGUGUCUCUAUGCUCUGGUGGAUGGUUGAGGUGGCUACUUGGCACAUACCUCCUGUCGCCGGCAUCCAAACCUUUCCACGCCGCUUCCUUUCGCACCGCAUUCCAACCAAAUCCACCCUGUUUUAAUAUCAUUCGGUGCGGGACACCGAAACUCCGAUCCCCGGCACUCCUUCUGGCCAGCCUCCUCGGCCUCGGGAUAUUAAGCUGCAUUCAAGGUGCUGUGUUGUGUCCGCGCCACACACGGCUAUUAUCCAGCGGAGCGCAACGGGUAGGAAAAGCGAAAAAUCAUCCCCAUCCCAGGGCAAGGGCAUCAGACUCGUGUGUGGCAGCAGCCAAACGGUGGCUAGGAAAAACAAAACCCGUACGAACACAGGAAAAACAUCUCCCUGCUGUACACAUACACACACGCACACAUGUGCACGUGUGUGAGGUGGUGAUCGCGAAAAACAUCAACCCCUCAUCUUUCGGCUCCAAACGUGGAGUUCCCGAACGGAAAACGUCGACAGUACUGCGUGGUGCAUAUACGUGACAUUGUAGCUUGGGUGCAUUCGGCGACUGUCAGCUCCGAAACAUCAGUUCCAAGCACAAAAUUCCCCUGCCGGAACAGCGACCGCACGCAACCACGAUGGAUCUUUUAUCCAAACCCGAAGUGAGCGCCGUCGUCGAGUACGACUACGCGGCAAAGGAACCGGACGAGCUGACGUUGAAAAAGGGUGCCAUCAUUACGAACAUCAAAGUGCAGGAUGGAGGUUGGUGGGAGGGUACACUGGUCGCUACCGGCCGCACCGGAGUGUUUCCGGACAAUUUUGUCCGUGUGCUAGAAUCGCAGGAUAAGAACCAAGUCGUCCUCAGAGAUAAAAGUGCAACACUGAACCGAAGGUGUAAGGUAAUUUACAGCUAUCAGGAAAACAAAGCGGACGAGCUGACGCUAGCAGUUGGUGAUGUUAUUGAAUUUUUUGAAGAGGUCGAAGAAGGAUGGUGGCGUGGUAAGCUGAAUGGGCGAGUGGGUGUGUUUCCGUCCAAUUUCGUAGAAAUGAUCGAAUCCGUAUCGCCCAAAUCGUCCAGCCGGAAGAGUGGUAACGUCGGUGGACUGGGCGUAACGGCGAUCGACAGCACCACCGGCCUGGCAGGAACCGGGUCGUUAGGAAUGAGCCUAUCGAAGAACAACAGCCUCAACAAAAGCCGCACCAGCUUGAACAGCUCGCGGGAAGAUCUUGACCGGCACGAUGCACCUUCGCUGCCGCCAAAACCCGUGCGGGACCUGUGCAAGGUACUGUUCGCCUAUCAACCUGCCAACGAGGACGAGCUAAAGCUGGUGGAGGGUGACAUCAUAACGAUCCUCUCGAAGGAGCUGCCGGAUAAGGGCUGGUGGAAGGGUGAACUUCGCGGGCGGGUUGGCGUAUUUCCGGACAAUUUCGUUUCGUUACUGCCACCGGAAGGUGGCAAAUCGUCGGCUAACAUAUCGGCCUCGGUGCGGUCCAUUGCCAGCACGACAACCGGCACCGGUAGCCUACACCAUCCGGGUGUAGUGUCGCCGGUUAAGGAUCCGCUGCACGUGCCGAAACCGGACCGUCCACCCACGGCCACAAAGAUGCAAAUGUUUGGCAAGCAAACGUCAACCAAUUCGUCCUCCACCACGGCCUAUCGUAAGGAAAGUUUCGGUUCGAAGGAUUCGUUGAACGAAUCGACCGGCAGUGUUGGGAGUGUUGGUGGCGCUGGUUCGGUGACCGGUUCACCGACGUACAACAGCGUGGCAGCACAUCGGAAAUCACUCGAAAGCAAGAGCACGGAAAGUUCAGCAUCAGCGGCGGGUGCCAUUGGUGGAGGCAUCGUGACGGAGAAACCUCCGCGCAAAAGCUUGGAAAACAAGGCGUCAGACAUACGCAAAAGUUUGGAAAAUUUGGACGAUAAAAAGGCUACACCACCACCGGUGCUGGGGAAAAAACCACAAGUUCCCAUCAAAAAAUCACCAUCCAUUACCAGCGUUACAGGGAACCUGUUUUCCGGGCUAAAGCAAAAGGUAAAAGGUGGCGGACCAUCCGUGGAAAAGGACAAAUCAUCAGACGAGCGGGAUGGUAUUGGGGGUAGCAAGGUGAGGUCAGAGAUUGCCGACAACGGAGACCGAACGAUCGUUGGCGAACGGAUCGAAGUGGAGCUGGGUCACGUUGAGCGUGGCACCUCGGUACUGAAGGAUAUGCGAGCAAACCGAGCGAAGGCUCCGAAGCGACGGCCACCCUCAUCUCCGAGCAGUAUUAUUACAACCGAUCCGAAUGCCACCGGUAUUACCGCCAACGGUAGUGGUAGUGCUUCGAUGAGCAAUGGCAAUUCCGGGCUCUUCAGUCAACUGUCACUGUCGUUCGAGUCGGAAAGUCCAAAACCAGACGUGACGGCCACCGGAGGGCCACCGAGCGCUAACAAUUCCUUCGGUUCCAGUUCCAUCGUGUCGGCGGGAGACGGCGAAGAAUCGGCACCAAAGGUACCGAAACCACGCGAGUGGGAAAAGAAUAAAGUACCGUGGAUGGACGAGUUAAAAGCGAGCCAGGCGAAGAAGACGACCGCCGCAGAAAGCAAAUCACCUGAGCAUCAUCAUCAUGUGACGUCCUCGCAAAACAGCAGCACCAACAAUAGUCACGUUCAUCACCAGGAGGAGACAAGCAUUUCCAAAUCAUUCCAUGCGAGCACCACUUCCAGCACCGGCACACCUCCCGUACCCUCGGGUAAUGCGGUCCGUGCCCGGCUAAUGGAACGAUCCGCCACAACGACGAGCGUCCCUUCGGAGAGCAAUCACACCAGCAGUACCACGAGCAAUAUGAAUAGUUCCUUCGAUCUGAUUGCGUCGUGCAAUCGUAAGGAGACGGCCACUACUAACGUCAGCAGUAGUGGUAGUUCGCAGCUUCAGUCAAACGUCGAUACAUCCAACGUGAGCGCCAUGACCAAAUCGAUGUCCGCUCUGUCAACCACCACGACCAAAAUUGCCAUUUCCUCCUCGUCGACCGGUACGGUCUCCUCGACAACGGCGGUCACCGAAAACAACGGCACACACGAACUAACAUCAUCAACGGCGUCAGUGGCCACUACCGCACCCUCACCAAACAGCCGCCCCGUCAGUGUGAACCUCCGGAACACCAGCAUUUCGCCCACGCCACAGAACCGCAAUGCGAAAACGAUUCACAUUGUGGGUAGUGGUACCGCGAACACCACCGGCGGCAAACCCUCGUCGACCGAAUCGGUAAACGUAGUACCGAUCUCGAUGGAGAACGUGUGCGGACGGGUACAGGAACUGGAGCAAAAGGUGAGCCGCAUGGAGCGACAGCUGGCGACACAGAAUGGGCUGAUCGAGGAGCUGACGCGCAUGCUGCGUGGCGAAUCGGAUAAGGUGAAGACGCUGCAGAAGGAACUAGAAAAGUACGCCCAAUGCGUCACGCAGGUAUGAUGAACGGAGUAAAGGCCACCGCCGAACCGUACCAACCAUCGUCGAUCUGUGUGCCGGCGGUUGGACGUAAAAUAGUGCGCAGUAGUUGUGUUGUCGACAUGCAGCAGGAACACAAAACACAAGUCGCAGCGUUUGCGAUCGCAAUUUUUGGGUAGUAUUAUAUUUUAUUAAUAAUUUUCCUACUGCUAAGAGGUCGAUCGACAGCUGAUCAAUUUCCUCCAUGCGCGUACGAAGAAGUACCCCGUGUGGGGUGAACCAAUUGGCCGAUUAUCUAAUCCGUUUAGUUAUUAUACGUACGAAACGGACCCGUGUACAGUGAUUGAAUAGUUACGUAGGUCAUUGGACAGCUAGGAGAAGCACAAACGCAGAUCGGUGAUCGGUAGUUGCUAGUAACUUGUUGGACUUUUGAUGAAUUAGAAUUACGUACUUUCGGUACUCUAGUAUCACAUUUGCCAUGAAGAAAGGAGGACCCGGUCGCGCACAAUGAGUCGCGGAUAUAGCUAACGAACGCGAUUGAAAUUAUGAAAUGUGUAAAUUUACGAUAGAAAUUAGUUAACACAACAAAAUUUCAUUCUAUCGAAACUCCGCAAACUGCGCAAACAACACAAGAGACAGAUUGUAUUAUCAAUGAUUACUUUACUAGCGAGUAUCUUCAUUCCUUAGAAACCCGGGGGGAAAACAACGAGUGGCCGAGUGGAGCUACCGUUAACGCAACACAGGACACUCCCCAAACUGUAACGUAAUAGUGAAUUAACGUAAAGCUAUAAGAUUAUUUCCUAUCGAUCAUUCCAAUCGCUUUUUUCUAGCAACGCUGAUUAGAAAUCAUGGAUAACGCCUAAAGUAUUGACACCAUAUAGGAAUAUUAGUGAACGAUGUAAAAUUGAAAAUGGAAAAUAAAUACCAUAAACCCCGCUACUUCCUUCCCUCUGCCGUACGUGGUGGUGUGGGAGAUGUGCGCCACGAUUUUAGGGCCCACAUAGAUCGUUGAUCCUCAAAAAAAAAAUACACAAACACACACAAGGAAUAACAGAAGGGGUCGAUUCAGGCGAGGGGCAGAAGAAUAACCCUCAACACUAACGUUGGAACGAGAGCUGAGAUAUAAUUAUGAGAGAAAAACCCCAAACCCGGUACGGAUUUGCUGGGAGUUUGUGGCUUGCUUUUUAUAUAUAUACACACACACACACCCAGACGCAUGUAUUCUAGCGCCACGUUUACUCCGCCAGACGUAAAACGUUUAUCCCGAUUUUUUGUUUGUUUAGUAACCCGUCAUCAAUAGUAGCUGGAUAGUAGCGUUAUGCAUUUUCGUCAUAUAAACUUACGCGCGUGUUAGGUACUCGUGCGCCGUACAUGAUCGGUAAUUGGGACCGUACACAACAUACCCGUAUGGCUGCGAAACCAUACUGUGUGCAGUAGUUAUAUUGAUAUACAUUAGUGUACUUAAGUCCGCGAAGAAGAUGAUCACAUUAAAAUAUGAAAAGCAACAGA